AUGCUAUUCAAUAAUAUAACGCGGAAAGAAGAGAAAUUAAGUAAUCUUGAAAAUCAGUCAGAUCAACAAUUACAAAUAGAAAAUGUUAAUUUGUCAACUACACCAACUACAACUUCUCAAUUGAAUGAAAAAAAUCAAGGAUUAUUAGAUGAUCCAUCAAGAUUUCCUCUGGGUUGGAACACAAAGGGAAUAUUAACAGUUUUAGGAUCUUUUAUUGGUCUUAUUGGAUCAUUAGGUUUUGUUAAUUCAGGUGGUGUUAUUUCAACUUAUUUAUCACAAAAUAUCUUGGUUAAUGAAAGUCAAAGUAAUAUUAAUUGGAUUUUUUCAUUAUAUAAUUUUUUUGCAUUUGGUGGCUCAAUACUUUCUGGACCUAUAUUUGAUUCUAUUGGAUGUAAAAUACCUAUAUUUGUUGGUUCAAUUAUAAUGUUUUUAGGAUUAAUAGCUACUAGUUUUUGUAACAAAUUAUGGCAAUUCAUUUUAGCAUAUGGAAUAUUAACAGGUAUUGGAGCUUCAUUAAGUUUUGCUCCAUUUGUAGCAGCUACUGGACAUCACUACCUUACAAAAAGGUCUAUUGCUAUUGGAUUGGGGUAUACUGGAGGUGGAUUAGGAGGGGUUAUUUUCCCUUUGAUAUUUAGGAAGCUAUUUCCCAAAAUUGGAUUUGGUUGGACUAUUCGAAUUGGAGGGUUUAUUUGUUUAUUUUUUUUGGUAGUGGGGUGGUUAUUAGUUAGUGAUAGACAUGAAGAAUUUCAUCAACCUCAAGAUGAAAAUAUUUUCAAACAAAUUAUACAUUCUAUUGAUUUCAAAAUAUUAUUUAAAAAUUUAAUUUUUUUAGUGGUUGUAACUGGAUUAUUAUUUAAUGGAUUAGCUUUUUUAAUAACUAUUGUUGAAUUACCUACUUAUGCUACUAUUCAAGGUUUUGGAGAAAGUAAAUCAUCAUUAUUAAUUGUUGUUUUUAAUGCAUUUAGUAUACCUGGUAGAGUUAUACCUAGUUAUUUUGCAGAUCAUGGUUUAGGGAGAUUUAAUACUUUUUGUAUUAUAAAUGUUUUUUCAUUAGUGGUAUUUUGUAUAAUUUGGGUACCAUUUGGACAUCAUUUACAAGCACUUUUUGUAUUUGCUGGAUGUUUUGGAUUUUCAAGUGGAUCUGUAUUAAGUCUUUCUGCUAGUUUGGUUACAUCUAUUGUACAAACUAAAGAUACUGGUAAAAGUUUAGGGACUGCGUUUUUUAUAUUAUCUAUUGCUGAUUUAUUUGGGUUACCUAUUGCUGGUGCAAUAACUAAUAAAACACCAAAAAGUUUUGAUAAUUUAGUUUACUUUUUGACUGUUUGUGCUUUUGUUGGUGCUUGUGUAAGUUUUAUACUGAGGUAUUUAUACGGUGGGUUCAAUUUACGACGAAUUUGA